AUGUGGGGAAAAAUGUUUCCAAAACUGAGAAAUUUGGAGAAAUCAUAUCAAAAUCAUAAGCAACUAUAUUUUAAGACAGGAAAUGGAUUCAUGAAGGCCCCAGCACAUUAUGACAUCUUGCACUGUUUUAUGGAGAGUAAACAUAAAAUAAAUCCUCCAUCAAUUAUUGAUACAUUGUCCAUCAAUAAAAAAGCAAUAAAUACUUCUAGGUCCAUCUCCACAGUCGCAUCACUUUCACCUAUCAAUACUUCAGAAUCUCUCAAUACUUCAAGAUUACCUACAGCCUCAGCUACAGCAUUAUUUUCAGAUUUAUCUGAUGACGAGGAACCAGCUUGCAUGACUAUGCCAUCAACAUCAAAAAUAUCGCCACCUUCCAUUCUGCAUCACCCCAAAAACCCCUUAAGCCUGCAAACAAAACUUCAAUAA